AUUUCCGGGGUGAGAAAUUGUCUACACAUGUUUGACGAUAACAAUUAAGACAGAGUAAAAAAGUUUGCUACUGUCUUAAAUAUUCCCCAAACUCUGUUAACCCUGUUGAUGCAGUAAAAUAUUUUGUACAAUUAAUUGAAAAAAUUUGAUUAAACUACAGAUUUAUUCUUUAAAACAACGUUUCAAAAAAAUGGGUUACUACUCUUCCAACCAUUGAAAAUAAAAUGCUACGGAUUGUCUCCCUGGAAUAUAAGUAUAAUUUAAUCUAAUACAAGGCCACGCUGGGAGAUGUCGGAAAGAAUUCUCGGACACGUGUAGUUUUUAGGUUUGUCCAGCUCAGAGUCCCACCGCGAUUUGUUGGCGUAUUCACAAAAGCUACAAACGAGUUUGUUGUACUGGACAAAUAAAUAAUUUUGUUGUACUGUGCCACAGAAACUUUAGGAACAAUGUCCAAGAUUUCAAAGUUUUAUAUCUUCUGGGAAAUAAAGUCAACUUUAGAGAAAAUCGUUCAUCAUAAGCAAUGUAGCUUUUUCCGUCUCAGAAUCAAGACAGUUGUCGUCGUGGGGAUGUUCAAAGUAAAUGUUUGGGAUUUUAAAGCUGCACUAACAGGGGUUCUCCUACAGGGCUAUGUGAAUAAAGGAGGAGCUCUGAGCAUUCAAGGUACAGAGGGCAGCAGCAAGUGGGAUUUUGCACGACGAUUCCAUGGAAUAUUUCACUCUCAUCUGACGACAGUCACCGUACUGCCGGCAACUCCAGUCUUCGGCGACACGGUGCCACACAGCCCGGGCUUAGGGUGCGUGUUUCCCGGCAUGCGCUUCGAGGAUCUGCGAUUGUCUUCGUUCUUCAACUCAGACACCAUCCCUGUUGGUCAGCCUGUCCCAAGCCUGGCGUCAUCCGGGUAUUACCAUGACGUCAUUUUCCAGAACACGCGCUGCUUCUGCUGUGGACAAAGCUUCGGACAAGGUCACUCUCAGGACUGUGGAGGAAGACGAGCACAGUGCAACAUUCCUUUGAACCAGUGUUCACUACACCGUCAGCAGCACAUUGAACAGAACAUCGAUUUACACAUGAUCGUCAACUCUCCCGGGUUCAUUCUGAGAGAUGAAAAUGUGAGAAGAGGGGCCGUACGAGACAGACAAUCCAGGUCGAGGUUUCGUCUCCCACCGGUAGUGUGCCCCAUGUGCGAAAAUAACCCACAGAACGAAGUGGUGUUUUCCUGCCAGCACAGAGAACGGACGUGCGAAACAUGUCAUCCCUUGCAAGAUAUAUGUCCGUUUUGUGGCCAGGGAACAUCUAAUAACCUAAUGAUGCGCCAGUACACCCGCAGAACGAGUAUCAGGGAAAGCCGCACCUGCCUCCUCUGUAGAAGCAGCCCGGCCGUUGUCCUGCUGCAGCCGUGUCUCCAUCUUGUGUUGUGCACACCAUGUUCCCGGAGGAGCCAGACCUGCCCUCGCUGUGAUGCUAACAUCGAAGAAACUGUGGAAACACUGCCAUAAAAUGUCAGGCAUUUGGGAUGGUUACUCUACCAGGACCAUUGCCUUUUCUGGACUUUGAUGAACAUGCUGUAUACUUGUCGUGUACUUUACUUCCUGAAUAUAUGCUGCUUGUAAAGUCUUAUACAAGCAUAUCUUGUGGACGACCCCAGAGAUGGCCUAGUCACACAAGUUUAUUCUUGUUCUAUUUGGUUGUAUUGUAUCUUCAAAUUACAAAAUGCUGACUACUUUGUAUUACAUAGCACCCAUAACCACUUUCCUUUGCCCCUAUUGAAGGUUUUUUUUUAUCCUCUUUAUGUACACAACCAGCAUUGCCUCUUGUUUGAAAGAAACCUGCAUUUAAGAUGAUUUUAGUUGUUUUUUAAAAUUUCCCUUCAGUAAACGUUUGAGACCAAUA